AUGUCCCUCUUGCAAAACCUCCUCCAAAUUCGACCGUUGAUUCUCUCCCCGACUCAAACCUCCCCCAACUCUUUCUUACCCAGAAACCACCAUUGCCAUCCCAAACCACCUCCAAAGCCAAUCCAUUUCCACCCAUCAACACCCAAAUGCCAGCAGACCCACCACUCCAGCCGCCAGCCCAAAACCCAAGACAGCAUCCCCGCCGAGGAGGUCAAAGUGCUUGCCAAGUUCAAGUCCAGGUUCAAUUACAUCCGUGUCCUCGAAGUCUCUCGGAGAGCCGACCACCCUUUCGCCGGCUCCAGGCUCCUCCUUCUAGACGUCCCUGGAAACAUCCACAGCAUCUCCUACAUCUUCAAGAACCUCACCAACACUUACUUCGACGUUUUCGCCACCUUGCCGCCAAUUCUGCCUCCCGGGCCAAUCGCCAUUCUCGGGUUCGGAGCGGGCACGGCCGCCCGGUCCAUUCUGGAGCUCUACCCCCAAGGUGUGGUUCAUGGCUGGGAGAUUGACCCCACUGUGGUUGCUGUGGCUAGAGAGUACUUUGGCCUUUUGAAACUCGAAAGGCAGUUCCCGGAUCGGCUUGUAAUCCAUAUCGGAGACGCGUUUAAGGCCUCGUCGAAAGAUGGAUUUGCCGGAAUCUUGGUGGAUUUGUUUUCCAAUGGGAGAUUGGUCCCGGAGCUUCAAGACGCCAAUACUUGGGAGAUGCUCACCAGGCGUUUGAGAAAAGGCGGGAGAGUGAUGGUGAAUGUGGGAGGUAGUUGUGUGGAGGCUGAGGACUCGGAGAUAGAUGGGAAGGUGGUUAUGGAAGAGACUUUGAAGGCUAUGCAUCAGGUUUUCGGCAACAAGCUGUUUGUGUUGAGCCUUGGGACCCGGCAGGAGGAUAGCUCUAUUGCUCUUACUGGUGAUGUGCCUGAUGUUGAGGCUUGGAAGAAGGCGCUGCCGCCUUCCCUAGCUGGUUAUGUCGAUAUGUGGAAGGCUUAUCGUGGUUAGAACUGGAGGUGAGAGGAGCUUAUGGCAUGUUGAUUGUAGAGAUGGCAAGAUAUU